CUCUGUCUGCCUCAGUCCGACUGCACAGGGCUGUGUGUCAGACUGUACCUGUCUCUCUCUCCCCCUCUCUCUCUCUCUCUCUCUCUCUCCCCCUCUCUCUCUCAUCAAAUCCUAGUCUCUGACCCCUUUUUCUUCUCUGCUGGCAGCACCGGUAUUUUGGGAGAUGUCUAAGGAGCAGACUGUUGCCGUUGGCGAUGAGUAUUUCCCGGAACGAGGACCAACUCUCACAUUUAGCGACUUGCACUACUGCGUUCGUGAGAGAAGGGUUUGCCGCGGGGGAGGCCCGGAAAAACACAUCCUCAACAAUGUAAGUGGCAUCAUGAGGCCCGGCAUGAACGCCAUCAUGGGCGCCACCGGGAGCGGCAAAACAUCACUACUGGACGUGAUUGCAGGGCGAAAGGACCCUGUUGGACUGAAGCGAGGAAAGGUGAUGGUGGAUGGCAAAGCCGUGUCAGCUGACCUGAGACUCAGCUCUGCGUACGUCGUCCAGGAUGACAUCCUGAUGGGCACUCUGUCUGUGAGAGAGAACCUUCUGUUCAGUGCCAACCUGCGCCUGGACCGCCAGCGGCACUCCUCCGCUGAUAAGAGCGACAGGGUGGACGCCAUCAUCAGAGACCUGGGCCUGACGGACUGUGCAGACACGAAGAUAGGGACAGAGUUUCUGCGCGGCGUAUCCGGAGGCGAGAGGAAGAGGUGCAGCAUCGGGAUGGAGCUCAUCACCUCUCCCUCGCUGCUGUUUCUGGACGAACCGACUACCGGGCUGGAUUCUAACACUGCGAACUCCAUCAUCCUUCUAUUGAACCGGCUGUCCAGAAGAGGCAAGACUGUGAUCUUCUCCAUCCACCAGCCACGCUACUCCAUCUUCAAGCAGUUUGACCACCUGACUCUGUUGCAUAAAGGGGAGGUGGUGUACGCGGGCGCUGCGGCCCAUGCACUGGAAUACUUCACCAACCUCGGCUACCAAAUUGAGGCCUUCAAUAACCCUGCGGAUUUCUUCAUGGACAUCACAAAUGGAGAGACCAAAUCAACAAUGGUGUCACUCACCGCAGAAGAGGAUAAGAACCCGCUGGCCAACCUGUACCGCCGGUCCCCGCUGGGCCGCAAUGUGCUGGAGGAGUUGGACCACGUGAACCUGAGCAUCAGCGACGGGGCCGGCGGCCCAGACCAGGCGGCUGACUACGCGACCUCUUUCCUCUACCAGCUGCGUGUGGUGUGUGGGAGGACGGUCAUGAACUCUCUGAGGAACCCUCAGACCUCUUACGCCCAGUUGGCUCUCAACGUCUUCUUUGCCAUCCUGGUGGGACUCAUCUAUUACCAAAUGCCGCUGACGCUGCCCGAGGCCUUACAGAACAGGAGCGGAGCCUUCUUCUUCCUCAUUAUCAACAUGGUCUUCGGGAACCUCUCCGCCGUUGAACUCUUUAUCAACGAAAGGGCCAUAUUCAUUCACGAGAACUCCAGUGGCUACUACCGCACGUCCGUCUACUUCCUGUCCAAGAUCUUUGCUGAUCUCAUCCCCAACCGCAUAAUCCCCAUCUUUGUGUUUUCGGCCAUCGCCUACUACAUGAUGGGAUUGAAGCCCGCCUUUGAGGCCUUCCUGUGUUUCGCGCUGACCAUGUCUCUGGUCAGUCUGGCGGGAGUCAGCCUGGCCUUCCUCGUCUCGGCGAGUGUGUCUUCGUUUGCCAUGGCCAACAUCCUCAUUGCUCUGCCCUUUGUCUUCAUGAUGGUCUUUGGUGGUUUUCUCGUCAACCUCAAUGCCAUGCUGAGCUGGCUCUCCUGGCUGCAGUGGAUCAGCGUCUUCAGAUAUGGACUCAAUGCUGCGUUCAUCAACGAGAUGUAGGGACAGCUGUUCCACGGCAACAACACCAUCAUCCCCGGGGAGGUGUUCCUGAAGAGUCAGGGCAUCGACUACUCCGCGUGGGGCUUCUGGCAGAACCAGGUGGCUCUGCUGGGGAUCACGUUGACCUGCAUGGUCCUGGCCUACGUGCAGCUGCGGCGAGUCAACCGCUGGAAGUGAUUGACGUCGGUUCGCGCACGCAUCCAGUCUCGCACUGUCACCCCCGUCUUAUUUAUUCGACGCGCCUCAAACGACUCAGACACUGUGCUUUGGAAGGGAAGAAAGUUAUUUUAUAGGUCAUGAAAUGGUCACUUAAAAUCAUUUGACUCCCGGGUGGAUAAGCCGCUGCUCGGGGGCACGGGAGAAUGUAGAUGUCCAAGCCGAGCCAACGUCUAAGUCCUUACAAAGCUCCUUAGAGGCAGAGAGGCAACGUGAGCUGCACUUGAGAAAGUAAGCAAAGGUCCUUAAAGGAACCUUUUAAGUUUUAAAAGAAUCACAUUUCUCAGUCUCUCCGGUUUGAGAAUCAAUGCAUGAAUUUCUCCUGUUGUUUUGUUAUGUUGCUUACAGAAGCAGUGAAGGAUUUGUAAUUUCACUUUUUGCCCAUCAUAUGGUUUUUGUUACUUUAUGCAAGUUUUACAAAAAAUAUCCCGA